UUAUAACAAUGCACUUAUAUGCCCAUAAUCCGUUUCAUAAUGAUACCCAUUACGAUACAGAUUUUUCAUUACGAUACAGAUUUUUAAUCAAUAGAAACCCAUAAUUUUUCAAUCAAGCAUGCUGUGCAUUUGACGUUUAUCCUAGGUUCCUAUGUAAUUAUUUUAGAUGUCAAAAUCAGUACGUAUUAAAUUUUCGUAGAUACCUAGCUAAACUUCGAUAAUUUAUCAAAAUGUCUGAUAUCAGCGAUAUAGAAGAAUUACCAUCGACUCCUCCACACAUAUCGGAGAAAGCAGAAAAUGCAGUUCAAAAUAUUUUACCCCAAAAAUCUAAGAAAGUGUACGAAAAACUUUAUCAACGGUUUAUGGACUGGAGAAAUACAAAUAAUAUUUCGACAUUCUCCGAAAAUGUUUUAAUUGCUUAUUUUCAAGAAUUGAUGGAAACUAUGAAAUCAUCUAGUACAUGGACACAUUAUUCAAUAAUAAAAACGUUGGUAAAUAUAAACCAUAAUAUAAACAUUUCUAAAUAUAAGAAACUACAAGCUUUAUUAAAGCGAAAGUCCGAAGGAUAUGUUGGAAAAAAAGCAAAAAUAUUUUCACCUGAACAAAUAAAAACGUUUAUCGACGAAGCACCCGAUGAACGGUUUUUAUUUUUAAAAGUAGCAAUGAUUUUUGGAAUAAUGGGAGCAUGUCGAAGGCAUGAACUACAUGACCUAAAAUGUGAAAAUGUCAAAGAUAUGAAUGGAAUCUUAAUUGUUAAUGUGAUAGAAACUAAAACAAAAGUACAACGAACAUUUACAAUUACCGGCAAAUACUACGAAAUUAGUAAAAAAUAUAUGAAUCUACGGCCUAAAAUUUGCCCCACCCCAUCUUUUUUCGUUAAUUAUUUAAAUGGAAAAUGCACAAUUCAAAACAUUGGUAUUAAUAAAUUUGGUGAUAUAGGGAAGAAAAUAGCAACAUAUUUAAAUCUGCCUGAUCCGAAUUUAUAUACAGGGCAUUGUUUUCGUAGGACAUCUGCAACCGUAUUAGUAGAUGCCGGUGGUGAUAUUACUACAUUAAAACGCCAUGGUGGCUGGAAAUCCAAUUCAGUGGCAGAAGGCUACAUUGAAAAUUCGGUUCAGAAUAAAAUCAGCAUUUCCAAUACAAUAUUGAACUCUAUUGAGACUAGCAAUAAUGAAAUAAAUGUAAAUAUUCCUUCCACUUCCAGAUCAGUGGGACCUGGAAUAAACUUUUCAAACUGCACAAUAAAUAAUCUUAAUAUUUUUAAGAAAUCGGAUUAAUUACAAUUAUUAUAUGUUGAAUAUAAAUACAAAUAAAAUGUUUAUAGUUUUCUUGUAUCUAUGGCAAUACCAAUACCCGAGGUAUUAAUUACAAUUUUGUAGAUUUUUUUUUAUAGAAAUACGAAUAAUUACUGUUACCUAUUGUGUUCAAUAAAAAUAUAAAAUUUAUGGUUUUUGAUUAUUUAUCGGGUGUAGAAAAAAUAGCGUAUGCAACUCUCAUGUAAUGGUUAUUAAUACACUCG